AACCUUACUUUUCAGUUAUCUCGUUUCCAUGUUUACAAUAUUCUUUGCAAACGAGUCUUAAUAUCUUUUUAUAUUUUAAUUGUGUAGCUGAAUAAACAUUAAUAAUGCUACAACCGAUAAAGCACGUUUUAAACCGCAAGAGAAUUAUUCUCGCAAGUGGUUCACCAAGAAGAAGAGAAUUAGUGGAAAAUAUUGGUCUAAAAGUGGAACUUUGUCCUUCAUUGUUUGAAGAAAAUCUGGAUCCAAAAACUUUUAACUGCUUCUCAGCAUUUGUGGAAGAGACAGCAUUGCAGAAAGUUCUGGAAGUAGAAAAUAGGUUAAAGUCCCUAGGAACACCACCUGAUGUUGUGAUAGGGGCUGAUACAAUGGUCACAUUAGAUGGUGCGAUGUUUGGUAAACCUACCUCAAAAAAGGAAGCUUUUGUUAUGCUAAAGAGUCUUUCGGGCCGUAGUCACACUGUAUACACUGGAGUUGUAGUUAAAUCGCUAGACAAAGUUGUCAAGUUUACAGAGAAGACAGAUGUUGUUUUUGGAAAACUAGAUGAUGAACAGAUUCAAGGUUAUAUAGAUACAGGGGAGCCAAUGGAUAAAGCUGGGGGUUACGGGAUACAAGGAGUGGGGGGUACGUUCGUGGAGCGUGUAGAGGGCGAUUACUUCACGGUUGUCGGUCUGCCUCUGUACAGACUUUGCUCAGUGCUGUACGAAUUGUUUAAGGAAAAUAAGUAAACUAGAAUGACAAGUUGCAAAAAAAUAUUAUAAGUUAAACCUAUGUGUUUUAUGUAUU